UCCUGCCUGGGCUACAGACCCACCCCUCCUGCAGUCACUUCCCACCCCACCCUCUGUAUCUCUAAAGCAGCGAGGGAGCGCCCAUUCACAUCACACAUACCCUGAUCUCUUCUCUAGCAAACUUUUAUUUGUUGUUGGCUAAGGAAGGGUAAAGGAGAGGAAUACCCGUAUCUGGCACCAUGUCCCAGCAGCCAGAAGUGGAGCUAUUUGUAAAGGCUGGCAGCGAUGGACAGGCCAUAGGAAACUGCCCCUUCUCACAGCGCCUUUUCAUGGUCCUCUGGCUGAAAGGAGUUACGUUCAACGUCACCACGGUGGAUAUGAAAAAGAAGCCAGAGAGCCUGAAAAAUCUCGCCCCCGGAUCCCAGCCGCCCUUCCUACUAUUCCGAGGAGACCUCAGGACAGAUACAAAUAAGAUAGAGGAAUUUCUGGAGGAGACCCUGUGCCCUCCCAAAUACCCAAAGUUGGCAGCUAAGAACCCUGAAUCCAACACCGCCGGGCUUGAUGUCUUUGCCAAGUUCUCUGCCUACAUCAAGAACUCCAACCCAGCACUCAACCAAAAUCUGGAGAAAGGCCUGCUGAAGGCCCUGCGGAUCCUGGACAGUUACCUGAAUGCCCCUCUUCCGGAUGAAAUAGACGAGAACAGCGCAGAAGACGAGACCGUGUCACAAAGGAAGUUCCUGGACGGAGAUGAGCUGACACUAGCUGACUGCAAUUUACUCCCUAAACUACACAUCGUACAGGUGGUUUGUGAACAUUAUCGGGGGUUUAAGAUCCCAGACGAGUUCUCCGGAAUACAGCGCUACCUAAAAUACGCCAACCAACGUGAAGAGUUUUUUAAUACAUGUCCGGCCAAAGAUGAAAUUGUACAAGCAUACGGUGAGGUGGCCAAGCACCUCAAGUAACCAGUCCCAGCUUCUUACCAAUUGAAAGAGGAGAUCCUCGUAUUUAAAUUCCAUAAACGAAAGAAGAAAAAAAUAACAUUCCAAGCUUUUUUUUUUUCUUUAAGAAGGAUAGCGCAUCGAUUGGCCUGUCCGCCUGCCAGUCAUUUAAUGAGUUGUAUUCUCUCCUCCCUGCCCCCUGCCUUACUUCAGGACGCUGUCAUACAGUUGUACAAUAGGAUGUUUGUAGUUCCCGGAAACUACCACUAGGUGGCAUUUUAAUGUAAUUGCUCUAAUAGGCUGUGAAUGCUGUACUUGCAAACUAUCACCUGUUUAUAUAGGGUAAUUCAUUUCAAUUGUGCCUCAAAUUCUUUCAUUUCCCCAUGAAGGUAUUCUUCAAAUUCUUACGGCUGACACUAUAUUUUUAUUUUCUACAUUGAAUUUUGUUUUUAUAUUUUGCAACCAGACACUCAAAACAGAUUAGUGAGAUGAUUCAUCCCAAACUGCUUUUUUACACAUUCGGGAAAUCAGCUGUACAUUAUAGCUAGACAUACCCAGUACUGCCCUGCCACAUUAUCCAGGUCUUGUCCUUUGAAUACACAUUAGCAGAUGUUAUUCAAAUCAUAGAAGACAAAUUUUGAAAUAACGUUUAAUAUGGUCCUUUUAUUUAAUUGAAUUUAAUUACAUUUUUUUUCCCCAUUUUUUUUUUCCAGUCCCACUGUGUUUAGGUGGCGGGUUGGUGCAUUUAUAUCAGUGAUUGUAUGAAACCACAAAACACCUCUACCCUUUGGCAGCGUAGCCUGAGCGUUACAUCUAUGAAGUUCAGCUCGGUUAUCUGUCGUACACGCCGUGUCACAAGUGCCUUUAAAAAACUCUAUCUCUUUAUACGUAUGAUAUAAAGACGUGGUUAAAAAACCCAGAGGGACGUUAGAAAAAAUUGCAGUGUAUUUAGUAAAAGUUGCAGGAAGUCGUGUACAAACUAGGGAAUUAGUAAAUGGAAAGGGAAAAGCACCUCAAACAACUCAUCUACUUUGAAUUUUUAGGGGACUGUUUAGCCUAAAUACAAGCGGUUUUAUUUAAGCGGUUUAGAAUACUCGCAUACUGUAAGUUUCUUUAUCAGGAGUAACUGUAUCAAUGUAUAAUCGUGGGGGAGUGGGUUUUUUCUUAUGCAGAUCCAGCUUCCUGUCAGUAAGUCUAGGGAGUGACUGCAGGCAGCAUAAAAUGUCUGAUAUCCGGUAACAACAAUAGUUUUCAGUGGUUACACACAGCAUUCAGCAUCCUGACACCUCCCAGUUACUAACUUUUUGAGCAUAUAUGCACGAAUGUUAAAAUGUGCCUUUUCAUUGUGGAGUAACGUGUAUAUUCGGUAUAUAUCGGCAGUUCUGGCUGAGAACAGCAGUGACUCUCUAUAUCUCCCCGGGGCUGGAGGUAACCCUAUUGUAUGGAAGAAAGGGGAUACAUUUAUUAAAAAAAAAAAAAAAAAACUUUUUUUUCUCAUUAUAUAAACUCUGCAUAGAAGUUGUAUAUUUAAUAUGCUGAGGAAAUCAUUCUGAAAAUUCACAUUUGUAUUAAAAAGAAACUGAAAACCGAAAA